AUGCUGUUGCAUCAUCUGUAGUUGUAUUGGCUAGAAUGCUGUUUGCCUCAUCUGUUUUUGUAGUUGUAUUGGCUAGAAUGCUGUUGCCUCAGCUGUUUUUGUAGUUGUAUUGGCUAGAAUGCUGUUUGCCUCAUCUGUUUUUGUAGUUGUAUUGGCUAGAAUGCUGUUUGCCUCAUCCCUGUCUUUCUAGUCUUUUCUCCCCUUGUACAAGUAACCUGAUCCUAGAUCUGGGGCCAGGCUAUUGUAGAACGCAUGAUAACAAGGAGUGGAAUGAUAUCUCAAACAGACUGGCUACCCAGGCUAUUGUAGAACGCAUGAUAACAAGGAGUGGAAUGAUAUCUCAAACAGACUGGCUACCCAGGCUAUUGUCGAACGCAUGAUAACAAGGAGUGGAAUGAUAUCUCAAACAGACUGGCUACCCAGGCUAUUGUAGAACGCAUGAUAACAAGGAGUGGAAUGAUAUCUCAAACAGACUGGCUACCCAGGCUAUUGUCGAACGCAUGAUAACAAGGAGUGGAAUGAUAUCUCAAACAGACUGGCUACCCAGGCUAUUGUCGAACGCAUGAUAACAAGGAGUGGAAUGAUAUCUCAAACAGACUGGCUACCCAGGCUAAUUGUAGAAGCAUUUCACCCAUAAAUGACAACCCCGGUUGUAAAGUUUUUCAAAUAAGGGAAAUGUCACCACUAAUAUCUGACACAAUCACGCUUAAUGUGAGGAAGGUAAGGUGGCUGUUAGGAGUUUCAGAAGUGUCCCCUUUCAGGUUGGCACUGUAUCAGUCACAAUCCUGGCUUGGUUUGUAUUCUCUGGGUGUAUAUGUUUGUCUUUGGUCUCCGUAGGUGCUUAUUAGUAUCGCUGCUGACGCCAUAGAUAGGGUGGCUGUUGUCAUUCCGUAGUGUGUGGGUGGGGUGUCAAGGGAGGCAGUGAGACUAGGGUACUGGGUUAGGUAGCAGGCCAGAGGUAACAAUUUCCAGGUAUGACUGCAUGCCUGCUCUCUGCUGCAUGCUAGCCUACCUACCUGCUUCCCAGUGUAAGCUGACAGACCGGUGAACCAAUUCCCAGAUGACCAGCUAUGUGAGAAAUGUGUGUCUGUCAGCCUGCCUCAUUUUAAGCAGCAUCGGUUUUGACCUAGUUUCUACUGUUGGUAUAAUACAGAAUUCAAUACAACCUACUCUAUACUUUGAUUCUUAAAUAAUCUUAACUGCAUUUUGUUUCUCUCUGUUUCCACAGCAAAACCCAAGUCUUUCCAAAUCAACUUUCCACCCUACUCCUCCUCUAUACCCAUUCCCACCUCUUUCCCUCCAUCCCUCUUUCCUUCCCUUGCCCCACCUCUCCAUCAUCAUGUCCAGCGGAGCCCUGGGGCGUCUCAGUACCUUGACUCUGAGUGUGAAGCAGCUCAGCCGGCUGCCUCACCUCUCAGACAUCCUCCCCUCUUCACUCCCCACCCUCCCCUCCCCCAGCCCCACCGUCCCUGUGUCCUGCGUCCCCACUCUGUUCCAGGAGCCUUACAUCCUCUCUGGCUACCGCCCGGUGGGGCAAGACUGGCGCUGUUACGUCCUCAGCCUCUUCCAGAGACACAAUGAAUCCCUCAACGUCUGGACACACCUUCUGGCAGGUCCCCUGGUGCUACUACGCGUCUGGGCCUAUGGAUUGUCCCUAGACUCGGCGUCCCUGCCUCUCUGCCUGUACAUACUGUCUGCCCUCACCUACUUGUGUUGUAGCGUAGCAGCCCACCUGCUUCAGUCCCACUCUGAGCUGGCUCACUAUACUCUGUUCUUCCUGGACUACGUGGGUGUGUCUGUGUAUCAGUAUGGCUGUUCCCUGGCUCACUAUUUCUACUGCUCUGAGCCAGCCUGGAGGGAGAGCCCCGUAGGGCUCUGGUUCCUCCCUGGUGCUGCCUUACUUGGCUGGCUGUCCUGUGCCAGCUGCUGCUUUGCCAAGUCACGCUACCGCCGGCCUUACCCGCUCCGGAGGAAGAUCUGCCAGCUGAUCCCCACCAGCAUGGCCUACUUCCUGGACAUCAGCCCUGUAGCCCACCGCCUGGCUACCGUACCCUGGGGUCAGGACCCCGCCCUGCCACUCCACGCCCUGCAGAUGGCCGCCUUCCUGCUUGCAGCCUUCUUCUUCUCCUGCCCUGUUCCUGAGAGGUUCUUCCCGGGGCAUUGUGACAUCAUGGGUCAGGGUCACCAGAUCUUCCACCUCUUCCUGUCUCUGUGUACGCUGUGUCAGCUGGAGGCCCUUUUCCUGGACUAUGGCAGUCGGAGGGAUACAGUGCUGCAGUUGUAUGGGGAGAGGCAGCUGUGGUUCGCCGGUGUAUCCUUCCUCGCCCUAGCACUAUGUAGCACCCUGACCGCGGUUGUCAUGAGGAGGCAUGUACAGAGACGACUGGAGAAAAGUGAAACUGUGAAACAGUGAGGAAUGGCAGGGAGAGGAAGAACGAGAGACAUUUUCAGUGUUUUGAGAAUAAUCAUGUCCUGUAAAUGUAUAGAGAGAUUAUUUAUCUAAGAUGAUGAGCAUCUUAGUUGCAGAUAAAGGUUUCUUGCCUUAAAAGAUCAUUUGAUUCCUGUACAAUCUAACCAUUUCCUUCUUUGUUUACUUCCUGGACAUGGGGUAAAUAUUUCUUUAUUGCCUAUUUCUGACUAGUUAUUGAUCAAUAAGCUUAGAUUCAGAAGCCUGGUCCCAGAUCUGUCUGUGCUGUAUAGCCAACGCCUAUGGGCAUUGUCAUGCCAAAUCUACAAACAGAUCUGGGAUCAGGCUAUUGAUUCAGUUUAUAUCUGAGGAACCCAUGAAGGGUGUUUUUGUGUUAAGCUUAAUGGAAUUUCACCCCAAAGUCUGUCUGGUAAAGAGUUAGUGACAUUUUUAAAGCUGUAUUUUUGGCGUUCUCUUUCAGCUGUCGGAGUGAAACUGAGCAGGCCAAGCCACGGGAUUGAGCAAACAAAGAAGUCAGUUUUAUUGAGCAGUGAACAGAACAGGCUGUGAUUUUGGCCAUAGUGACAGGCAGACUAUAGGCCAUUGCAGAGCAGGAUCUGGCAACUAGAGCGAGUGGGUUGAGGAUCAGGAGGUCAGCUGUGGGUGACGAGGACCGAUGCUUUUAUACAGGGCGAACCUGGGUCAUAGUGGAUACACUAAUUGGCAUUUUUACAAAACAAGCAAAAAAAAGCAUUGACGCAAGACACAUCUACACAAAGAAAUGUGUUGUGUGAUUGGACCUAGACAUUUGUAUGAUGUCAUAUGAAAAAGCCCAUCAACAUCCAUGUGUAACUCUGUGUUGUUGUCUGUUCACGCUGCUAUGCUUUAUCUUGACCAGAGGUCGCAGUUGUAAAUGAGAACUUGUUCUCAACUAGCCUACCUGGUUAAAUAAAGGUGAAAUAAAAUAAAUAAAUAAAUAGGAUGACUCGCUUGGGAAUGGGAAUUUUCCAAACAUGAAUGUAGAAUUCUAUAGCAAGCUUGUUGUUUGUAUGGCCGGUAAUUGAAUACCAGUGUUCUGAUUUUAGUUGACAUUGCGAUCCAUGAAAACCAUGACGGUACCAGGCAGGCAGAGAAAGCCGUUCAAACUCUUCCUCCAGUUCUGCUAUUGGUACACAGCACACUUGAUCAGGUUUCUAUGCACACUAUUGACUCUGGUUGCAUCUGAAAUGGCGCCCGAUUCCUCACAGGGCUCUGUAUGGUCAAGAGUUGUGCCUUCGGAAAGUUUUGGAACCCCUUCACUUUUUCCACAUUUUGUUACAUUACGGCCUUACUCUUAAAUGGAUUAAGUUGUUGUUCCGCAUCAAUCUACACACAAUGCCCCAUAACGACAAAGGAAAAACAGGUUUUUAGAAAUGUUUUUUUUUUUACUGGCAUUACAAGCUUGGCACACCUGUAUUUGGGGAGUGUCUCCCAUUCUUCUCUGCAGUUCCUCUCAAGCUCUGUCAGGUUGGAUGAGGAGCGUCGCUGCACAGCUUUUUUCAGGAUUCUCCAGAGAUGUUCCAUUGGGUUCAAGUCCGGGCUCUGGCUGGGCCACUGAAGGACAUUCGGAGACUUUCAGAGUCCCAAAGCCACUCCUGUGUUGUCUUGGCUGUGUGCUUAGAGUAUUUGUCCUGUUGGAAGGUGAACCUCCGCCCCAGUCUGAGGUCCUGAGCGCUCUGAAGCAGGUUUUCAUCAAGGAUCUCUCUUUUACUUUGUUCAUCUUUCCCUCGAUCCUGACUAGUCUCCCAGUCUCUGCUGCUGAAAAACAUCCCCACAGCAUGAUGCUGCCGCCACCAUGCUUCACCGUAGGGAUGGUAUUGGCCAGGUGAUGAGUGGUGUCUGGUUUCCUCAGGACGUAACACUUAGCAUUCAGGCCAACGAGUUCAAUAGAUGUAUCAUCAGACCAGAGAGUCUUGUUUCUUAUGUUCUGAGAGUCCUUUAGGUGCCCUUUGGCAAACUCCAAGCGGGCUGCCAUGUGCCUUUUAAUGAGUGGCUUCUGUUUGGCCACUCUACCAUAAAGGCCUGAUCGGUGGAGUCCCGCCGAGACGGUUGUCCUUCUGGAAGGUUCUCCCAUCUCCACAGACAAACUCUGGAGCUCUGUCAGAGUGACCAUCGGGUUCUUGGUUACCUCCCUGACCAAGGUCAUUCUCCCCUGAUUGGUCAGUUUGUCCUGGCACCCAGCUCUAGGAAGAGUCUUGGUGGUUCCAAACUUCUUCCAUUUAAGAAUGAUGGAGGCCACUGUGUGUUCUUGGGGACCUUCAAUGCUGCAGACAUAUUUUGGUACCCUUUCCCAGAUAUGUGCCUCGACACAAUCCUUUCUCGGACCUGUACAGACAAUUCCUUCAACCUCAUGGCUUGGUUUGUGCUCUGACAUGCAUUGUCAACUGUGGGACCUAAUAUAGACCGGUGUCUGCCUUUCCAAAUCAUGUCCAAUCAAUUUAAUUUACCACAGGUGGACUCCAAUCAAGUUGUAGAAACAUCACAAGGAUGAUCAAUGGAAACAGGAUGCACCUGAGCUCAAUUUCGGAUCUCAUAGUGGAGUGUCUGAAUACUUAUGUAAAUAAGAUAUUUUAGUUUUCUAUACAUUUGCAAACAUUUCAAAAAACCUGUUUUCGCUUUGUCAUUAUGAGUUAUUGUGUGUAGAUUGAUGUGAAAAAUAAUGUAAUCCAUUUUAGAAUAUGGCUGUAACGUAAAACAAAAUGUAGAAUAGGUCAAGGGGUCUGAAUACCUUUCGAAUGCACUAUAGAUAUGGAAUAGGGUGCUUGGGCCGUGUCCCCUGAUUCUGUUUCUCUGCCCUGGUUGGCCCAUCUGUUCUAGUGCUGCAGUACAGAACAACAGUAUUUCUGUGGACUGAAGACUUUCCUUGUGAAAAUGGUCUUUACUAAGGGGUUUUAGCCAGCCAGCUCUUAGGAAGAAGAAUUUAAAUUUAAAACAGAGACUUUUGCCUAUUGAAAAAAAAUGUAUAUUUUUGUUACACCCAAUAUUGCUCAUUCUGUGAUCGAACCAGAUAUAGAGACCAAACCUGACAUAGUUGACAAUGGCAAUAUAUAAUGGCAUUUUCAACCAAAUGUGAUAGACCAGAGGAUUUCAAUUGAUCCACAGCAGUGACAUAUUAUUUUCAGGCCUAUGUUAUUACUCCUGACUCAAGUACUCAAGGGCUUGAUGAUUAGUGUGAUAGUGUUAUCCUAGCUGGAAUAUAAAUGAGCUGGCUGUGGAGCCUCUGUACUAGAACUGCCAAAUGCUUCGAUCGCCCCGUAGCAUUCACUUCUUUCAUCGUGAAGUGCUUUGGGAGGCUAGUUAAGGAUAAUAUCACCUCCAUCUUACCUGAUACCCUAGACCCACUUCAAUUUGCUUACCCGCCCCAAUAGUUCUACCGAUGACGCCAUCCCACUGAACACUGCUCUAUCCCAAGGGGACAAGAAAAAUACUUCAUGUAAGAAUGCUGUUCAUCGACUACAGCUCGGCUUUCAACACCAUGGUGCCCUCCAAGCUCAUCACUGAGCUCGGGGCCCUGGGUCUGAACCUCGCCCUGUGCAAUUGGGUCCUGGACUUGCUGACGGGCCGACCCCAGGUGUUGAAGGUAGACAACAACACCUCCGUCACGCUGAUCCUCAACAUGGGGGCCCCACAAGCACAGCUGUAGGAGGUAGGAGGGCUGAGGGUGCUGCAGUAUCCCCUGAAUAUCUGAAGGAAAAAAUAUAUAUUAUUUCACAAAAUUAGUGCAGUUUUAUUUUUCAGCAUCUCCACUUUGGCAAAAAAGGUAGUUGUAUAAUUAAGAACAGAAUCUUGUAGGAUUCAAUAGUUGGAAUUAUAAGAGUUGUUGCCCCUGGCCCUUUCUCUGUGAUGUCAUUCUAAUGGAAUCCAGAAAGAACAAAACCCUGUCCCUUUCUCUGUGAUGUCAUUCUAAUAUAAUCCAGAAAUAACAAAACCCUGGUCCUUUCUCUGUGAUGUCAUUCUAAUGGAAUCCAGAAAGAACAAAACCCUGGCCCUUUCUCUGUGAUGUCAUUCUAAUAGAAUCCAGAAAGAACAAAACCCUGUCCCUUUCUCUGUGAUGUCAUUCUAAUGGAAUCCAGAAAGAACAAAACCCUGGCCCUUUCUCUGUGAUGUCAUUCUAAUAGAAUCCAGAAAGAACAAAACCCUGUCCCUUUCUCUGUGAUGUCAUUCUAAUGGAAUCCAGAAAUAACAAAACCCUGGACCUUUCUCUGUGAUGUCAUUCUAAUGGAAUCCAGAAAGAACAAAACCCUGGCCCUUUCUCUGUGAUGUCAUUCUAAUGGAAUCCAGAAAGAACAAAACCCUGGCCCUUCCUCUGUGAUGUCAUUCUAAUAGAAUCCAGAAAGAACAAAACCCUGGCCCUUUCUCUGUGAUGUCAUUCUAAUGGAAUCCAGAAAGAACAAAACCCUGUCCUCAAACAUCUACAUGAAAAGGUGCAAAGUUACAGGCAAAGACAUCCACAUCAAAUUAAAUAUUUUUCUUGAUCAAUUAACCUGGAAAACAACCACUUUUUGUGCAUCAUUAAUUAACCAUCCUUCCAAGCCACUUCAUGUAAAUGUACAGUACUGUAUUGUACAUAGGCUGGUCAUUUAGGGUUGUACCUGUAGAAUUUCUAUGUGGCUCAGUUGAUAAGAGUAUGGCGUUUGCAAUGGUAGGGUUGUGGGUUCAAGAUGAAGUAUAAACAUGUAGACACUACUGUAAGAUGCUCCGGAUAGGAGUGUCUACUAAAAUGGAGAAGUAUGAAUAAACCAUUUCAGUUUUCAUGUAGAAAUAAGUUUCAUUUGCAAAGAGUCUUAGAACACAGGAGUGAUGGUUGCUGAUAAUGGGCCUCUGUACGCCUAUGUAGAUAUUCCAUUAAAAAUCAGCCGCUUCCAGCUACAAUAGUCAAUUGACAACAUUAACAAUGUCUACGCUGUAUUUCUGAUCAAUUUGAUAUUUUAAUGGACAAAAAAAAUGUGCUUUUCUUUCAAAAACAAGAACAUUUCUAAGUGAACCCAAACUUUUAAACGGUAGUGUAUAUUUUUCUGUAUAAAAAAAAAAGAAGCAUAAAACAAUGUACAUUUUCUCACCAGAGAUGUGUUUCCAUCAAAUUGACUUGUUGUGGAUAAAAAGCUGUGCAAAUAAAAAAAUACAGUUUACUGUUUUAAAAUUA